AUGGGGCUCUUAAAAAGGUUUGCUCGAUUAGCAGCUGCAGAAAAUAAACUAUCUGGUAUAAUCCCUGCCUCCAUCUUUAAUAGUUCAGCCAUUACUGUCAUUUCAGUGGGCGGCAAUUCCUUUCAUGGCAGUCUCCCAACCAACAUAGGUCUCACCCUACCAAAUCUGGAAGGAUUAUAUCUUGGGACAAACGAGUUCUACGGAAACUUUCCCACUUCAAUCACCAAUGCUUCUGGGCUCAAGAUACUUGAUCUUCCCUAUAAUAAGUUCGCAGGCCAAAUUCCAACUAAUUUAGGAGAUCUGACAAAUCUUCAAGAAUUAAAUCUUGGUGAUAAUUUCUUCGGGAAUAAUUCUACCCAAGACUUGGACUUUAUUGCAUCAUUGACCAACUGCAGUAAUCUAAGAAUUCUUUCCUUGAGUUACAAUAAUUUUGGAGGUAAUAUACCUAGAGUCAUGGCCAAUCUCUCAAAUCAACUCACACAACUAUUCCUGGGGGAAAAUCAACUGUCAGGAACCAUUCCAGAAGGGUUUGGAAAUUUUGUCAACCUAUAUAGCCUUGGCCUUGAAGAAAACUCUCUUUCAGGGGUCAUUCCAAGAGAUUUUGGCAAAUUACAAAAUUUGCAAUUUCUAAGUCUAUACCAAAAUAAUUUGUUCGGACAGAUAGUCCCUAGCCUAUGUAACGCCACCACUCUAUACCUUAUGGACUUAUCAUUUAACCAGUUUGAAGGGGGCAAUAUAUUUGACAAUGUUCUUAUAAACUGUCAAAAUUUGCAAUAUCUGGAUAUAUCUCAAAACAACUUCACUGGAAUUAUACCACCACAUUUUCUGGAGACGCACUCAUCACUGAUUGCAAUGGUAUUAAGUGAAAAUUCUUUCACUGGUUCUCUGCCUCCUGAAGUUGGAAAGCUUGUACAUUUGGUGAAUUUCUCGGUUUCCCACAACCAACUUGCUGGAGCUAUACCCAUCUCACUUGCUGACUGUUCAGAUCUGGAGAAUCUUUAUAUGGAUGCCAAUUUUUUCCAAGGAACAAUUCCACCAAAUUUGGCUUCUUUGAAGAGCAUCCAGCAAUUAGACCUUUCAAGUAAUAACUUGACUGGUCCAAUACCCAGAGAACUUGAGAAGCUUCAGUUUUUGAGCUACUUAAAUCUUUCCUACAACGACAUUGAGGGCGAGAUACCAAACACUGGAGUUUUCAGCAAUGCGAGUCAAAUAUCACUGAUUGGCAAUAACAAACUCUGUGGAGGCAUUCCAGAAUUGGAGUUCCCACCUUGCCCAGUGAUUAAGGGGAAAAACAGAGGAAAGCUGAAGGUUGUCAUAUUGCUGUCCAUUGUUUUACCAGCAACGCUUCUGGUUCUCGGUGCAUUGUUGUUAUAUUUCUUGGUAUAUCAAAGGAGAAAGAAGAAUGGUGGCAGGAUUCUCUAG